AUGGACCAAGGUUCAAUUGCAGCAUUUAAGGCAAACUAUCUCCGAACCACCUUCGCCCAAGCCAUAUCUACUAUAGAUGCCAACCCAAAACUAACCCUGCAAGAAUUUUGGAAACAGUAUAAUAUUCUUCAGUGUAUUACGAAUCUGUCUACUGCUGGAAGCUGUGAUGGAGAAGUGUAUGAAUGGCAUGUGGAAAAAGUGUGUUAUGCUGGAUUUGAGAGUGAACAAGAACUUGAAUUGAUACAGGGAAAAAUAGUGAAACUGACAACAGAGCUUUCCUUGGAGUGUGAAAUGGAAGAUAUCAAGGAGUUGCUAGACCAAGAUUCCAAAGAACUUACAAAUGAAAAGCUGAUGGAAUUGGAAGAGGAAAGAGUGGCGGAAGAAAGAAAGAGGAGAAGCGGAGAAGGAAGAAGAGUUACCAGAAGGAAAUUCACCACUAAGGGAUUAUCAGAAGGUUUAGCCCAACUGAAUAAACUCCUUGCACAUUUUGAAGAAAUGGUCCCAAACAUUGAAAGGUUUGCAAAGAUUGAACAGAUGGUACACGACGCGUUUCGUCCAUAUCGUGAAAUUUAUGACAAAAAAAAUAAACAAGCAAUCCAGACAAAGCUCACCAUGUUUAUAAAACAAACAUCUCCUCCCGCCACACUGAGCGUUGCCCCAGCUGAUGAUGCCGACGACCCACAGACAAGCACCAGUGAUGCCAGCAGUCAGUAA